AUGAAUGAAAACACGCCGCUACUUUCUCGGUCAUCCCAUCAAAGAACCCAGACAUACCGAGACCUGGUCUCGAUCUGGCAGACAUGGCGAAUUCCGAUCCUAUGCUACGCUGUUGCACUACUCCUCAGCUUUGCAGAGACGAUGCGCGCGACGCCAAAGACACAACUAUACGAAUCAGUUCUUUGCGAACGAUACUAUAAGUUGAAAUCCGAGAGCCCCCCUGGACUGGCCGUCGAGAUCACAGAUCGCACGUGCAAAACCCCGGAAGUCCAGGAAGCCCUAGUAUCGAUGCAGGCCUGGUUAAAAAUGGGCGAGAACUUGAUCGCUCUCAUUGUGGCCAUCCCUUUCGGGAAGCUCUCCAAUACGAAAGGCCGCACGCUUGUUCUGAUCAUUGGCAUCUUUGGUCAGUUCCUCGCGGAGACCUGCAUAGUGCUGGUGUGCUAUUUCCACCACAGCGUACCCCUCGAAUUACUCUUUAUAUCGGUAGCAUUGCGCUCCCUGGGCGGAGGAUUGAUGGUGAUGUCAGCGAUCGUGCACGCCAUUCUCGCCGACGUGGUCUCGGAGGACCGACGCGCUCAGGCCUUCUUCUAUCUCAUAUCGACGCAGUUGGCAUGUGAGGUGAUUGCACCACUCUUGGGCUCUUCGUUGAUGAAGAGAAGCGUCUAUACCCCUUUACUACUCGCCUUCCCGUUACAGAUUUUUUCCAUCGCAGUCGCCUGGGGAAUUCCGAACUCGACGCGGUUUCAAAAAGAGGGCGACGAGGAGGAUGAAGAUGGCCAGGCGGACUCCAGGCAAGAAAAUCAAACAGAAAGUCUUGCAUCGCGUAUAAGAUCGCUCGCCAGGUUCAUCAAGGACCAAACAGGAGUCAUCUUGAUUGGGGUGUCGUUUCUGUCGUCAAUGCUUGCGGGAGAAUCGCUGGACUAUCUGGUCCAGUAUGCGUCGAAGAAAUUUGAGUGGAGUCUUGCAGAGGCAAAUUAUCUUAUCUCUUUCCGAGCCAUCGCCAACUUGGUCCUCUUCCUGCUCAUCCUCCCAAGCAUCACGCGCACCCUGACAUCCCGCCACCGGUUUUCGCCCAAAGACGUAGAUCUAUGGACAUCCCGAGUGAGCUCGGUUUUUGGAGUUCUCGGCGCCGUCCUUUUGGGCGUGUCCCCGUCCACAACGACCGUGAUAUUCUGUACGUUCGCCUCACAUUCACCCCAAGCUCGAAAGAAGGAGAACUGACACCCCGCUCAGCCCUCGUAAUUUUCACCCUCGCCGCUGGAUUCACCCCAUCCAUCCAGUCUUACGGGACAUCGCUCGUGCGAGCCGUUGACAUUGCACCAUUCUAUUCCUUUCUAGCGGUGGCCCGAAUUGCCGGAACGCUGGUUGGGUCACCUCUUACUGCAGCAGCAUUCAAUUUGGGAUUAAGGGUCGGAGGGGCUGGGCUGGGGAUGCACUUUUACGUUUCGGCGGGAUUCUUCAGCAUUGCAGGAAUGGGAGCUUGGGUGGUUGGACAUUUUGAUCGUGGGGAGAGGCGGGAAGAAAGUGAGAACGGGGUGUAGAGAGUAACUUUCGGCACGAAAGAACAGGGAUCAAUAGAAAUAAGCGAUAAUAUGAUGUCUUGAGUCCUGGUACUGUAUUAUAUGGAUAGAGAGGCCUGCGUGUGAGCCGUCUAGGAUCAAAUCGACCAAUACAAAAAUAAGUGGUUCACUACACUGGACGGAAGAUAAGUAGGGCUAUAUCCAAUCUCAGAGACAGUGAAAGAAGCCAUAGGCGAACUUGUUGCCGUUUUCUAAAUCCCUGUUCUCCAUAUCUGAUCAGCUCACAAGUGACACCAUCAAUAAGCGUGAGUAGGUACUGCGAUUCAUGGUACGUUAGAAAGGCGACGCAUUACACACACCAGUCAAGUCUUCCUUCGCAAGGUAUGAUUUCUGUCUGGG